UCUCAUUAAAAUUAAAAUUUUUCAUGUUAACUGGAUUUUUUUUUUUAAAUGCUUGCAACAUUUUGGUAUUAAUGCAGUAUUAUUUUAGAAAUACGGAAUUGAGAAAUACGUUCCCCAUUGUUUAGGAAAUGUGGUCAUAAACGUCGGAAUUGUGUGUAUUCUUUCCGGAGGACAAUAGAGAAGGGGCAGGCUCGAUUUAUGGAGUUUGGAAGAGGAAAUUUGUUAUGAGAGUUUCUGUACGAGGGAGUUUGAGCAAAAUGUGGAGUUUUAGAGAUUUCCUCAGCACAACACUGGUCUUUCUGAUACUCGGAGUGUGUCUAGUGUGUUGUGAUAUAACGGACGGAAACGCGGAACAUCUGAAGAGAGAGCACUCGUUGAUGAAACCGUACCAAGGGGUUGGAAGCAGCCCUAGCAGCCAGUGGGACUUCUGGGGAAGCACGCUGGUCACGGGCUCAUAUGUCCGUCUCACUCCAGAUGAGAGAAGCAAGCAGGGGUCCAUCUGGAAUACUGUGCCUUGUUACCUGAAGGACUGGGAGAUGCAUGUGCAGUUCAAAGUUCAUGGGUCAGGAAAAAAGAAUCUCCAUGGCGACGGCAUCGCUAUCUGGUACACAAAGGACAGACUGCAUCCAGGCCCUGUGUUUGGAAACCAAGAUCAGUCUCUUGGCCUGGCUAUUUUUUUGGAUACCUUCCGCAAUGACCUCCAUGGGAUGGAUCGUUCCUUCCCUUACAUUUCGGCCAUGGUGAACAACGGCUCCGUGAGUUACGACCACGGCAAAGACGGACGAUCGUCGGAGCUGGGAGGCUGCUCGGCAGAGAUCAGGAACAGGGAGCACGACACGUACCUCGCCAUCCGCUACUCCAAAGGAAGACUCACUGUGAUGGUUGACGUCGAUGACAAGAAUGAGUGGAAGGAGUGCAUCGACAUCGGAGGCGUCCGUCUUCCCACAGGGUAUUUCUUUGGAGCCUCAGCAGCUACAGGAGAUCUGUCAGAUAACCAUGAUAUCAUCUCCAUGAAGCUCUACCAGCUGAUGGUAGAACACACCCCUGAGGAGGAGAACCUGGACUGGACCAAGAUUGAGCCCAGUGUCAGCCUCCUCAAGUCCCCUAAAGACAACAUUGACGAUCCUACUGGAAACUUCCGCAGCACGCCCCUCACGGGCUGGAAGGUCUUCCUGCUUCUGCUGUGUGCUCUGCUGGGAAUUGUAGUGUGCGCCGUGGUGGGAGCUGUAGUUUUCCAGAAGAGACAGGAGAGGAACAAGAGGUUUUACUGAGGGGAGAGGAGAAAGAACCACCUUAUCAGAGAGAUGUGUCUGUUAUGGAAGGAACUGUUUUGCAGAUGACAGAUGAGCACAUUCAAUGUGAAUUUUUUUUCUAAAGAUUGUACAAAUGUUUAUAUCUUUGAAGCACUGCGUUGGGAGUGAAUUUUGGUAACUUGUGAUGCUGGUCAGAAGGAGCAUAACUAGUGGCAAAAAUCAUGAGCGACCUUGAUAAAUGCUGUUUUUGUUUUCCAUGUCUCUGUGUUCACUCAUUGCAGGGUUAUAAUAAGUUUACCGUCAUUUACAAACUUUGCACUCUGAGUUUUUCAGAUUCUUAAAAGAAUGUUUUCACACCGGCUUAUUGGCUAAUCAGAUGUCUCCAGCCCUUUUCAGCUUUUCUCUGCUUCAGGUGUGAUGCUACAAAUGGUAAUUUAAAAAAAAAAAAAAAAAA